UCUGCACUCACAGGGCUGAGCUGCUGCCACGGCUGCACUUCUGCCCACUGCCUGCUCACAAAAUGGAUCAGGAGACCCUGGGGAGCGUCGUCCUGCUUGCCAUUGUCACCUUGAUCAGCGUCAUCCAGAAUGCUUUUUUUGCUAGCAAAUUGGAGCAUGAGAGUAAACACUGCAAUGGCAAAGGAAUCCAGCGGCCAGGCUCCUCUGCCUUUGAACGUGUCUACACUGCCAACCAAAACUGUGGGCACACGUACCCUACGUUUCUCGCCGUGCUUUGGUGCGCUGGGCUUCUCUGCAGCCAAGCACCCGCCGCCUUUGCUGGCCUGAUGUACUUGUUUGUGAGGCAGAAGUACUUUGUGGGCUACCUGGGGGAGAGGACCCAGAGCACACCCGGGUACUUGUUUGGGAAGCGCAUCAUUUUGUUCCUGUUCCUCAUGUCUGUGGCUGGUAUACUGAACUACUAUCUCAUCUACUUCUUUGGAAGUGACUUCGAAAUUCACAUAAAGACGAUAACCAGCGCCAUCUCACCACUGCUUCUCAUUCCCUAGCUCCUCACAGUGCCCAGGGGUCAGCCUGCUUCACAUAUCAAUAUCCAGAAGCAGCUAUAAUUCAGCUGUUUAAGAAAUAAACCUAUAACCCUUUCAAAUUGCUGUAAAUCUAAUGCUCAGUGGGCUUUGUAGCUUGAUUUAACCUUGCUUUUUCCUUCAGGAAAAAGAUUUAUUGUGAGCACUCAGCAUGCUCAAGGAACAGUAACAACUUCCAGCUAAUUCAUCAGAGUUUUUUCAUUAAACUGCAUUUUGAAAGCCAGUUGCAUGACUGUAAGGGACAUUUUAUGCUUUCAUUGUAACUGUGUUCCUUAAUGCUCAUGAUGAAAGCCAGGAGCCUCUGAGCUUCAUCCCUGAAGGAUGUGCAGCCACAACCAUGUCCUUAUGCAGGUUUUCAUCAUCACCCUUCACCCAUCUGCCUAUGCAAAUGCACAGGACAGCCUCUUCUCUCACCCUUUCCCUUGCAUUUGUUGGUGAUUGAGAGCAGGACAGCAGGCUGGCCCCUGUCUGGUUUUCCUUGAUCAAUAUUCAUGUGUGUAAUGCUCCCAGCACUGAUCUCAUCCAUACCUCAGCCUGGCUAUCCUCCCAGAGCUGUGGAAAGGGGCCUUACAUCAAUGAGGAUCUGGUAAAUUGACAGCAAGAUUGGUUUUGUUUUGCUUUGCUUAAUAAAACAGCCUGAAAGG